CCCGACACAUUUUGCUGUGGUCACAGGCUUGAGUUAAAGGCAAAAAUUAGGAGACCUGUAACCGAUCGUCUUGAAUGGGAGCCAAGCUCACGAUCAAGACGUCACUCAUGUCAUUUCGUUCUAGGAAAUAUUUGGUCACGAUUUCAGGUUUCCUACUCAGAGGUCCCUUGGCUUCAUGGAGACGCCGUUCGAAGAAUGUGUACCACCAGGAGACAGGUGCUUUCUGUUUGAAGACCCCCAUCCUCCAUAUUUUGGGCAAGGUCGACCUUGUCGUUCCUCGCGAGAGAGCUAACAUUUUCAUGGGUUUCCACGAAUCGAAGAGAGUUGAGGAGCACGUUGGUGGCCACUUCAUACCGACACGACCCAAGUGGCGAAAGUUCUUCGCUGAUUUCCUCCGUGAUCCAUUUGGCGAAAUCGUGUCUCCUACACUCGUCAAGGAAACUGUUAUCGUUACACCGCCACCUUCGGCGCAGCUACCGGAGACGAGGUAUCGUAUGGGGCAGACCCUUCCUCAAGGGUAUGCAUCGGAGGAGGAAGAACGAAGAUCCGGCGCGUCUACUCCUGAUUCCGAGCCGCCUCAAACGCCUACCUUCGAGCCGACCCUGUUACCCCUGCCCUCCGUCAAGGAGGAUGCACGCAUGUGGGAUGUGUAUACUGGACUGGUAUACCAAGGAUAGACGACACCGAAUGUACCAGUAGUAUGUAGUCUUAAGUUAUGGGUAGGAUAGCUCGAUAAAGGGAUAGAACGCAUAGUUUCUUGUAUAUCAUUACAUAUUUUUACUACGAUAAUUGAAGAUUGCGCCAUCACGCGAGAAACCC